UUCAGAUGCCGGCACGCCUAGGGAAACUUCCUUCGUAGUAUCAUAGCCUGUAUCUAGGAGCAAAAGCCUCCAGAUUUUCUCUCUCGCUCCUACUCUUACUCGCGCCUGCGCACCAACGACUGGCGAUGCCUCAAAUGAACGUCUCGUAGCAAAAGCGGUGCGAGUGCAACGUGCUUGUAAUCCAAGAAGCAAUGGUUGCGGUUGGUUGCUGCUGCAGUUGUAGUCUUUCAGCGCUUGCCGAGUCCUUACGCGAAAGUAUAUUCUCAAUUGCUGUGGCGGAAUGGCCGUGGUUUCUGACGCCGAAGACAUCUACUACUGUCAGUUCUGCGGCAGCACGUCUGAACUGCGCCGAUGCGCGCGGUGCCAUCGCGUCUUCUACUGCAGCAAGGAACAUCAGCGUCUGCACUGGCCUGCUCACAAGCACGUCUGCAAGCCAACCAACGCGUCGCCGCAUUUACAGCACCCUCCAGCACCCGUGUCUCCGCCGCCGCUGCUUCCGGCUUCGCCUGCGCCCCCUAUUGUGCCAGGCGCUGUGCCUCCGGUGAUGCCCGCCGCAGUUGUGGAGCCACCAGCGUCUUCAACGGCACCAUCAGUGCUCCCAGAUGCUGCCAGCAUUGCUGCAGACAUUCAAAAUUAUGACCCCAAUGACCCGGUCAACCAGGCUUGGUGGAACGACACCCUGUCCUCUUUAGGACUCAGCGCUGAGGGCGGCCCUGGUGGUGGCAAUGAUGGUGACUUGGCCAAUGCAGCCAGGCCCGAAGCCUUGAGGCCCCCGUCGUCCAGCUGGUUCCGACAGAUGUGUGCCAACGUGAUCCAUGAUCUCAACGCUUUCGGCAUUUGUGUCAUCGACAACUUCCUGGGCAAUGAGCGUGGCUCAAUGAUAUUUGACGAGGUAGCCAGUCUCUAUGGAAGGGGUGAGUUCCAGGAUGGGCAGCUGGUGAAGCAGCGCGGUGACACUGUGCGCGUCAUCCGGGGUGACCAAAUCAUCUGGCUGGAAGGCACCGAGGCUGGUUUUCCUGCUGUUGGCUUUCUGGUGCGAACUCUGGAUGCCAUCAUCAGUCGAUGCAACAACAGCAAAAAGGGGGGAUUGCUGCGACAGUACCGCAUCAACCAGCGCACCAAGGCCAUGAUAGCUUGCUACCCAAGCCAUGGGACACAUUACGUGAAGCAUGUGGACAAUCCAAACCAGGAUGGCCGUUGUAUCACCAGCAUCUACUAUCUCAACAAAAACUGGGAUGUCCAAACGCAGGGGGGCCUGCUGCGCAUGUUCCCUGUGGGCCAGUCCACCCAGGUGGCCAACAUUGAGCCCCUCUUUGACCGCAUGCUCUUCUUCUGGUCCGACCGCCGGAAUCCGCACGAGGUGCUGCCAGCCUACUCAAUCAGGUUUGCCAUCACGGUGUGGUACCUGGAUGCGGAUGAACGAAAAAAUGCACUGCGCAGGUUCCAGAGAGAAUCACCAACUGAUGAGCACAGUUCGAUGCAUCAGGUAGCUGACAUUAGCAUGCCAAGCAGGUGCCAAGCUACCAGCAGCAGGUCAGCAUGUUGGAACCGUUCGCCUUUGCCAGCUACCAGCCAGGACGCCAUGACGUGGCCUCAGGAUUCGUUGGUCACCAGUUCGGUGGACAGCGCUCAUGACGAAAGGCUUCCCAUCAGCAACCCGGAGUGCAACUGGAAUAGCACCAUCAGCAGUAGUAUGAACAACUCUGUGAGCUGAUGCGACAUGAAAAUUUGAAAGGGUGUUGCCAGCAUUGCAAGCUUGAGCUUGGUGUUCGCCAAUGGUUUAUCCUGAAUGCAGGGCUCUGCUGUGUAGACCAUUAGUGCAGCUUACCAUAGUGAGCACGUGCCACGCAGCUGAAAGAGAGGCUUGACCCCUGGGAAGACCUAGCUUCACCUGUCAGCCGUGUUCCAUGUCUGAGGAAGCAGCGUGCCUAAUAAGGGUCACAUGCUGGUGAACUUGGUAAGUAAUCUAACUGUGGUGGAACCAGCCAAAGAAUGCAACACGGGAAGGCAUACAUGUGCUGCAGACUUUUCAAAGGCAUAAAGGUAGUUGCGAGCUCAGCUGUUGUGAGCCAUGUUGUAUUGUAGGUUUCUGGCUGGUUCCACCACACUUGUAGCAUGCCUAGGGAAGUGAUGGCGGUCAGAAAAAAAAAUUGGUUUAUGGCCAGCUGCUAAUGAGCUGAAAUGCACUGUGUAAAAGGAACAAAGAACAUGAGUUCACAUAAGCUGGUUUGGUUCCUUGAACAUUCUUAUGGGGGCACAAUGUGCUGUGUACAAUGGCUGCUCGAGCACUGCAGGCGGUUGGCCUGUGAAAUUUGCUUCAUCAAAACGUGUUGGCCUAGUAAGUAGGAAUUGCUGUGAGACGUAAUAGCUACUAAAAUAAUGCGCACCAACCACAGACAUGAAAGAAAACAACAAGAUGACAUGGGCAGCGUUUCCAACUGAUGCUGCCCGUGAUUGUUUUCUUUCAUGUCUGUGGUUUUUGUGUGUCCUGGAAUUUGUUGAUAACAUUGCAUACAAUGAAAUUCUGAAUUAUUAAUUUCUUCUUGCCUUUUGAAAAUGCUCUCUCUAUUCACUUGGGAUUGAAGUAUUGUGAACUGGAGGAUAAAAAGAUGUCGCAGUUCUGCCUAAAAGGUGAGCAUCGAUUGUGAUAGCAAAUUAUUAGACAGCUAUAUGAAGUAAGGAUAGUAACUUUUCGGUCAUAUACACAUGUGAACAUUCACUUACUAAUGAAAUUAACAAGCAUAGUGUCACAGACACACAGGCAAACAUGAACACAUCUCAUUUUAUUACCGCGAACACUCGCAAUCAAAAUGCUGGCAUGAGAGCAGCGAGGGAAUUUACCUUCGUGCUGCAUCUCACUUCAGCGCCAACUAAGUGGCGAGAACACAGUGUACACAAAGCCAUCAGCCCUCGGCAUGCCUUGACUCGGUACCUACCACAAAUUGCUUUCAAAAUAAGGCCCUACACAGUCGUGCGAUAUGCACAGCUGCUGCCCGGGUAAAAGCUCUUACUGCCUUGAGUGCAAUGGAAGACGACGUGCGUCCUUUGGUGCGUGGCGAGAUGAAGCCACCGUCCUUCUCGGCUCACCCCUGCACGCAUUCACUCGCACCUGCAGUUAUGUGGAACAUCACGGAGGCAGCGUGCUGCAAUAGAAUUAUGGAAAACAAGUUUGGUAAGUAUAAGUUAGAGCAUCAAGAGUUUGCAUAGUCAAGCGCCAACUCCAAAACAUCUGAUGCUGUCACCUUUACCAGAACAUCAAGGGAGAUGGUAGGAGGUGGAAGCAGUAAUGAAAAAAUGUCACAUUUGUUUUGAAAAUGACUUGAUAAACAAAGCAUGACAGAAUAGUGCCCGCCAUUUUUUAUGCUAUAGCGAUUAUGUGGACACUCGAGGUGAAUGAAUGCCAUCCCCAUGUUAUUCUGUGUUCAGUUGAAGUGCGAUGAGAAUGAGUGGCCAGUGCAACGUAUGCUGCAGGUGCAAAUGUGAGCCAAGGAUAGUGGCUGAGUGUGUGCUGUAUUCCUGUGCGCCCACUGUUGGGGGGGGGGUCAGGUGGUGAUCAAGCAAGUGCGUGUGCCCUCUUCUAGCCCAGCCGUGGCUGCACAUGACAGUCCACAGAAAUGAGCCGUGGGUUGCGUGCUGCAUUUUGGAGGCAUUCUGCAGUGGCGGGGGUGCAAGGUGGAAGACAAGCCAGGAUGAUGGUUGGUGCCCUCAUAUGUGCUGUCUUCUUGCACACCUAGUGUUGGUGGCUGCAUGAUUGAAGUUUCAGAGAUGUAGUGAAGUGAAUGGCAGCGUGAAGCCGUUUGCCUCCCUGCUGCCUGUUGUGUCGGCAGCGGCAGGCAAGUGGGGGCCCGCGCCCAGCGAACGCACGGCGAGUGCCGACGCAGAGAAGGAUGACACGGAGCUAACUGCUCCUGCUGAAAACCGGACAAGGACUGCACCGGCUCGCGGCCGUUUAUUACUAAAAAGGACUUCACAUGCCAGAUGACACCUCCUGAUUGGUCCCAGCUCGUCACAUGACAGAAGGGGGGUGCGCCAUCUAGCUAAACUACUAUGAAACAUAAAUGUACGAUAACACAGAGAUCUGGCAGGGGGCGACACUAUAUUACACUGCCCUUCGCCACCGUGCGUACUCGCACUCAUCUAGUGAGAUCUGUUCAUGCUUGUCAGUGCAUGAGUGACGACAUGCUUGUUAAUUUAAUUAGUAAGCAAACAUUUUCUGCAUUUUAUAGAGGCAGUAAAACUGGGAGCAUUAUUUUUUGUAACCGUCUAAUACUUUGCUAUCGCUAUCAAUGCUUUGCCUUUUGGAUGAAACUGCAACUUUUCUUAUAGCCACUGUUAUUACAAUAUUAUUUUCAACCCGUCCAGCUGUAGUCUUCAACUAUGGUCACAUUAGGAAGCUUUAUGUCUGUUGUGCUUUGUGUUUCUAAGUUUCUGACAUAUUUCUCUUCUUUACCAAGCAGGCAUUGUUGGAAUGUUGUGUUUAAAUUUUUAGGCACCAAAAUAUCGCAUAACAUGAAGCCUCAAAGUGGUGCCCUUGCAAAUUCAAAUGCGACAAAGUCCUCUUGUGAGCCCUCUGUAGAUAUUUCUUGCAGAGUUGAACUCUGUUCUUUUAUUAGGCAGUAGGAGCGGUCUGUGCGGAACCUAUUGUUGAACCUCUAUAUAACAAAUGUGCAUAAUGAAUUAUUGCAUAUAACCAAGUAAAUAAGCAUUGUCUCACCACUCCCAUCUUUCACAGUGAGUCAAUUGAAUUCAUUUUAUUCUUCAGAAAACCUUGUGACUCGUCACAGGGACAAUCAGUUGCAUAUUACCGAACAAAGAUUAGAAAUUGGUUGCUGGGAAAGUAUUUGUGAUCUCACAGUGUAACAUAUAUAUGUUUAAAAUGACUAUGGAAUAUAACAAGGUUCCAAUGUUUUAGGGAGCCAUUGCUGCUACCAUGUAGAGCUGUGUAUUUGCAUAUGUGCUUAUCCAGUGUUUUCAGAAAAUGUGUUCAUUUCUGGCAUAACAUGACAGAUGUGUUUACCUUGCCAUGGUGUGCAGAUAGAAUGGGCUCGUCUGGCAGGGUAGUUAGUAGUUUUAUGGAUGGCUUUGCUGGGUACAACUGGUAGGGUGCACACCAGUAUUUUUAUGCACAUUCUGUUGACCUAGGCUGCAAUCAUAAAUGCGAGUGAAGUUGGAUUCUGUUCGCAUGCCUGAAUACAGAAGGGCUGGAUUGAGAUUGCAGCUGUGCUCUGUGCAGUUUAUGUAAUGCUAAUAAAUGUAUAACAUUUUCUGCA